AAUUUUGUGUCGGGGAGAAAAUCAAUAAAUCGCAAUCGCCGGAUACUUGAGUACCGCAUCAUCUUCACGAUGCCACAGUUAUCAUGGAUAGGACUUGGCAAUAUGGGUAGGGCAAGGGAUGGUCAAAAACAUCGUGGCCAAAGCAAACCUUGAAGCCUCUCUUAUAAUCUUCAACCGCAGCGUCGAGCGAAGCGAGGUGCUACAAGCUUCCUUGGGGGGUCCGGACAAACUGUCUAUCGCCGAUUCCAUAGAGGGUGCUGUCUCCCAAUCGGAUAUCAUCUUCACCUCACUAGCCGGUGACGCAUCCGUAGUAGAGGUUAUCGACAAAGCAUUAGGGUGCCCCAAUGGGGUGAAGGGCAAAUUAUUCGUAGAGACAUCAACUAUUCUUCCCAACACAACCAAUACGUUAGCAGAGAAAGUCCGUUGCGCCGGAGGGGAGUUCGUUGCUGCGCCAGUAUUCGGAGCACCCGCUAUGGCGGACAAUGGAAAGCUUGUGGUUGUCCUCGCUGGCUGCAGCGCUGCAGUAGACCGUGUCAUACCUUACUGCAACGGAAUAAUUGGUCGUGCGACAAUAGACCUGCGCGACCGCGAGCCUGGAACGGCAACUUUAUUAAAAGUUACCGGAAAUACAUUUGUUCUCUCCAUGGUUGAGGCGCUUGCCGAAGGCCACGUCUUUGCCGAAAAGACCGGCCUUGGGCCGGACGUUCUGCACACGUUCCUCGAGGCCAUGUUCCCUGGGCCGUUCGCAGCUUAUUCCACCCGGAUGAUGGGCGGUGAUUACAUGCGUGAGCAGCCCUUAUUUUCCGUAGACCUCGCGAGAAAGGAUGCCAACCACGCUGUGAACUUGGCGGAUGAAGUGGGUGUGGACCUGCAAAUAGUCAAGGUCGCUCGGGCCCACCUGGAAGAACUUGAGAAGGAAGCAGGACCAACGGGGGAUUUACCAGGGCGAGUCUACCGUAUUCUCUCUUCUUCAUACCGCCCUUAGUGCUACGCUGGUGUUUGCUCAAACCUAACAAGUGCCAUAGAAUCUAUGGCGUCGUUCGGAAGGAAAGCGGAUUGGAUUUUUCUAAUCGGAAGUGAUGAGGCUUAAGCGCCAUUCCUAGAUUGAUGGUGCUGUACUUGGGAAAUGAUUGGGACACUUGUUCUUCUAACCUUCUCAUUUCCCCUCUCGCCUCAAUUAAUUACAGGGCUUCAUUCAUUGCCCCCAUCCUUCCCAA